GGAAGCGGGCCCGAGCGGAUGUCUCCGGCGCGUCCGUGCACGGGGCUGAGGGCCGCGGUGGCUGCCGCCAGCAUGGGGUUGAGCGACGGGCCGGCGGGCUCCGGCCGCACUUGUCGUCUCCUCCGCCCGCCUCCCCCGGCGGCGCCCGGUGCCCGGCUGUUACGGCUGCCGGGUUGUGCGUCCGAACGCGCCGGCUGGACCGAGGCGCUGCGGGCCGCCGUGGCCGAGCUGCGUGCGGGCGCCGUGGUGGCCGUCCCCACCGACACGCUGUACGGCCUGGCGUGCUCCGCGAGCUGCUCGGCGGCUCUGGACGCCGUGUACCGCGCCAAGGGCCGCAGCGAGGCCAAGCCGCUGGCCGUGUGCCUGGGCCGCGUGGCCGACGUCUACAGGUACUGCCGGGUGAGAGUACCCAAGGAGCUCCUGGAGGACCUGUUACCAGGACCUGUGACCUUGGUGAUGGAACGCUCCAACGAGCUCAACAAAGACCUGAACCCCUUCACUCCACUUGUUGGCAUCCGAAUUCCUGACCAUGCUUUCAUGCAGGACUUGGUCCAGAUGUUUGGGGGACCUCUGGCUCUCACCAGUGCCAACCUCAGCUCCCAGGCCAGUUCUCUGAACGUUGAGGAGUUCCAAGACCUUUGGCCUCAUUUGUCCCUGGUCAUUGAUGGGGGACCCAUUGGGGAUAGCCAGAGUCCCGAGUGUCGCCUUGGCUCUACCGUGGUUGACUUAUCUGUGCCUGGAAAAUUUGGCAUUAUUCGUCCAGGAUGUGCCCUGGAAAAAACUACAGCCAUCCUCCAACAGAAGUACAGGCUGCUCCCUUCACAGGGUUUCUGCUCAUGAAACGGGAAGAGGGGCAGCCUAAGAACAAUGCUGGAUACUAUGUGUCUGUCCACUGCUGGUUGGCAAGGCCUCAUUGCAGAGGUCGCUUGGAGCCACAUCAGUAGCCUGAUCUUUUGGGGCAACAUGUGUUCUGGACCAUAAGUUGCUGGCUUAGCCUUGCACCUGGUGGGGGAAUAUUAUAUUCAUUCUGUAGCUUCCUUUAUCAACCAAAGUUGUCUUCCAUGGUUCUGCCCUGAUAAGUUCCCUCCCAUCUCCCCCCCUACCCCCACCCCCCGUCUUGAAUUGAAAGGUGAUUUAAGUCACAGGUUUAGAAUCUAGUAAGAGCCUCUUCUCUGUUGGACAGUGGCAUUUAAUGUUCCAAGCAGCUAGAAGUGCAAAUACAUUUUAAAAGCCUUGGGACCAGGGCAAAAGUCUGGGAGCCAUGGGCCAAAUGCUUUCCUAUGAAGUAAAGGAGGGUCAUUUGGGCCUAAUGGGGGGAGUCCAUAUUAAAUAAUAUUAGAAAACUAUCUUUUUUUAGUGAUUAUUUCUUAUUUAUGCAUAAAAUAAAUUAUAUAGGAAUAUGUAUAACACCUUUUAUUUAAUGUCACUGGAAUGGGCAGCCUUUUUGUCUUCAUUCAUAUGUAUGUUGAGUGUUACAUGAUUAUUGUUGGGCAUCUGAGCUUUGCUUUUCUCUAUUAAAAAAAUGUUGCUACUGAA